AUGUCAAAUCCUAAUGACUACACUGUCGGCUGGAUAUGUGCCAUUAGCACAGAACUAGUCGCCGCCAGAGCAUUUCUUGACGAAGAGCAUGAUCCGCCUAAUGCCGUCUCCCCUCGCGAUAACAACAUCUACACGCUGGGGAAAAGGGGAAAGCACAACAUUGUUAUUGCUGCCCUACCCGACGGAGAAUAUGGUAUCAGUGCCGCAGCAUCAGUUGCUAGAGAUAUGCUGCACAGCUUUCCUAAUGUGAGGAUUGGUCUGAUGGUGGGUAUCGGGGGUGGCGUCCCAGGCAGGCAUGAUGUCCGUCUGGGAGAUGUUGUUGUUAGCGCCACUCAUAACGAACAGGCGGGAAUAUUUCAAUAUAAUUUUGGGAAAACGAUUCAAGCCCAAGAGUUUCAGAACACAAUGUUUCUGAACCAGCCCCCUGCGCUUUUACGAAGCGCCGUAGGUGGUCUCAAAGCCGACUAUGAGAGCAAUGGCCAUCAGUUUCAAGAGACUAUAAAUAGCAUCCUGACUAGGAAACCAAGACUCCGGAAGAAAUACCAGCGGCCCGAUUCAAAUACUGAUCGGCUCUAUCUCAGCAAUGCUGUUCAUCCUUUAACAAAUAAUGAGAGUUGUUCAAAAGCUUGUAGCGAUUUAAUGCUAGUACCACGAGAGCAACGAGCAGAAGACGAAGACGAUCUGAUAAUUCACUACGGCCUCAUUGCAUCUGGUAAUCAGCUAAUGAAGGAUGCGCUGAUUCGAGAUCAACUUGCAUCUGAGAAAGAUAUCCUUUGUUUUGGGAUGGAAGCAGCUGGGUUGAUGAACCAUUUCCCCUGCCUAGUUAUUCGCGGGAUAUGCGACUACUCAGAUUCACAUAAGAACAAGAUAUGGCAGGGCUACGCAGCAAUGACUGCAGCAGCGUAUGCAAAAGAUCUCGUUGGACGAAUUCCUCCUACCAAAAUUGAGGCCGAGAAUUGCAUUGCAGAUGUUCUCUCUGGAGUGAAAGAAGCCGUUGAUCGACUUGUUAAUGUGUACCAUGAUGAAAGGAAUAUCGCUAUACUUGACUGGCUUAUUUCACUCAACUACAGUACACAACUGAGUGAUUAUCUUAGGCGACGGCAGGAAGGAACCGGGAACUGGCUUCUACGCUCCGAUCAGUUCCAGAUGUGGGUCAAAACCGAAAAACAGAUGUUGUUCUGUCCAGGCAUGCCGGGAGCGGGCAAGACUGUUUUAACGUCGAUUGUGGUUGAUUACCUUCAUUCAUGGCUCCAAACAGACUCAAAAGCAGGUAUUGCAUAUUUCUUUUUCGACUACAAGCGGCAAGAGGAGCAAACAAUAGAGGCGUUACUGGCAGUCUUCUUGAGGCAGCUGACCGCAUGUCAAACUUCUCUACCAGACGCAGUGCACAAGCUAUACAAACAGCACAAUACCCAGGCCAAACAGACCCGACCAUCUGCUGAAGAGCUCAUGCAAGUUCUCAAAUCCGUAAUAGGGCUAUACUCGAGGGUAUUUAUAAUUAUCGAUGCACUUGACGAGUGUAACUCACCUAAUGGCACCCGAUCGAGAGUUCUGUCGGGCAUCUUUAAAUUACGAAACGAAACAGGAGCAAACUUUUUUAUAACUUCUCGUUUCAAUACUGAGAUUUCAAAACAAGCACAGCUCGCAAAGUCGGUCUUGUCUUGGCUCACCUUCGCAAAGAGGCCAAUGAGAGUUGAUGAACUGCAGCAAGCGCUUGGGGUAGAGCCAGGAGAGUCGAGCUUUGACAAACGAAACAUGCCGGAUAUUGAACUUAUGGUAUCUGUAUGUGCUGGUUUGGUUACCAUCGACAAUGGCAGCAACAUUAUCCGAUUAGUCCAUUACACGACUCAGGAAUAUUUCCAACGAUCGUACGAGGAAUGGCUCCCUGGACCCCAGUCCGUUAUCACAGUGACUUGUGUUACUUAUUUGUCGUACGAAGUGUUUGAGUUUACAACAGACGAUAACCGUGAUUAUAUUGCAGCACUAUUGGAGCCUUAUGCGUUCUACGAUUACGCUCGCCUUUAUUGGGGUGACCACGCUCGUGAAAACUCUGUCCCAAUAAAGGCGGUAAUGGAGUUCUUGAAGAACGCGGCCAAGAUUAAAUCAUAUUGCAGAUUACUGGAAGAAUUUUCUUGGAUAAGAGACAAUCGUGUUCCCUGGGGAUUGGAGAAACAAAUCACAGGGCUACAUUUAGCGACAUGGUUUGGGCUCACCGCAGACGUUGAUCUACUACUAAACAACAACACUCAUAUCGAGGCUACCAACGACUCAGGCGAGACAGCCCUGCAUGUUGCAGCUACACAUGGGCAUGAGGAUAUUGUUCAGUUACUGCUGGAAAAUAACGCUGAUAUCGAAGCUAUUGAUAGAUUUGGCAAUACACCGCUAUAUUAUGCAGCUACACCAGGUCAUAAAGCUGUAGUCCAACUGCUGCUAGACAAUAACGUUAAUAUCGUGGCCACCAAUGGAUCAGGUUUAACAGCAAUGCAUGCUGCAGCUAUGUAUGGGCAUGAAGAUAUUAUUCAACUGUUACUGAACAAGAAUGCUCAUAUCGAAGCUGUUACUAAAGAAAAAGAGGCACCGUUACAUUGCAGCUGA